GAGAGAAGAAGAGAGACAGAUACACACCAGGUUAACAGAUAAGAAGGUUACCAGAUAACCAGGUUAACAGAUAACCAGCUAACCAGAUAAGGAGGUCAGUAAGGAAGAAAACACAGAUGGAGUCUGAAGAGAAUCUGCUCAACGUUUUUCUGCUGCUGCUGAUCGGCUCACACUUCACUGUGGUGGGUCCUUCUGCCCCAGAGGAGGGCUGGCAGGUGUACAGUUCAGCUCAGGACUCUGAAGGUCGAUGUGUUUGUACAGUGGUCGCUCCCCAGCAGACGGUCUGUUCCAGAGAUGCCAGAACCAAACAGCUCAGACAGCUGUUAGAGAAGGUCCAGAAUAUGAGUCAGUCCAUCGAGGUCCUGGACCAACGGACUCAGAGAGAUCUGCAGUUUUUGGAGAAAAUGGAAGUUCAGCUGAAAGGUCUGGAAAACAAAUUCAAACAGGUGGAAGACGGACAUGAGAGCAACAUCGCCAGACAGUACAAGUCCAUCAAAGCAAAGAUGGAAGAAUUACGUCCUCUGAUCCUGGUCCUGGAGGCCUACAAGGAAGACGCUCUGCUGGUCCGACAGUUUAAGGAGGAGGUGGUCAAUGUGACAGAGCUGCUGGGAUCACUUCAGGAACAACUAGGAGGUCUGGACUACCAGGAACUCCACAGUCGAGUGAUGGACCUGGAGGACCGGCUUAGGGCCUGCAUGCAGAGACUGGCCUGUGGGAAGCUGACAGGGAUCUCUGAGCCAAUCACCAUCAAGACGUCUGGAUCGAGGUUUGGAUCGUGGAUGACCGACCCGCUCGCUCCGGCUGGAGACAGCAGAGUAUGGUACAUGGAUGGUUACCAUAACAACCGCUUUGUUAGGGAGUAUCCGUCGAUGAGUGACUUCAUGGCGACAGAUAACUUCACCUCUCAUCGCCUGCCUCACCCCUGGUCUGGUACUGGUCAGGUGGUUUAUAACGGAUCCAUUUACUUCAACAAGUUUCAGAGUCACACGAUCAUCAAGUUUGAUUUCAGCACGUCGCUCAUCAGCCGCUCCCGGCAACUGGACUUUGCUGGCUACAACAACAUGUACCAUUACUCCUGGGGGGGGCACUCAGACAUCGACCUCAUGGUGGAUGAAGGAGGGCUCUGGGCCGUCUACGCCACGAAUCAGAAUGCUGGAAACAUCGUCCUCAGCCAGUUAAACCCAAACACUCUGCAGAUCAUCCGCAGCUGGACAACCAACCACCCGAAACGCAGCGCCGGUGAGGCGUUCAUGAUAUGUGGAACCCUGUACGUUACCAACGGGUACUCGGGUGGAACAAAAGUGUACUACGCCUACUCCACCAACUCCUCCACCUACGAGUACAUCGACAUUCCUCUGACCAACAAAUACAGCCACCUGUCAAUGCUGGACUACAACCCCCGAGACAGAGCGCUGUAUGCCUGGAACAAUGGCCACCAAGUCCUUUAUAAUGUGACUCUCUACCACAUUAUUCAGUAACACUUUCUAUAGGUAGAUGAAGAUCACAGUAUAAAGACAUGCUUUAUAGAAAUCCUCAUGGGCUCUUGUACAGAAUCAGAGGAGAAGUUAGUUUUCAUGUUUAUAUCUGUGUCCCCAGGACAGAGAGAGUUAUAUUAGCCUAGCUUAGCACAAAGACUAGAAGCAGGGGGAAGCUGUUUGGUUAGACACAUGCAAAGAAAAUCCACUUUUAAUGGAAAUCAGGUCUGAUUGUUAAACAUGUUGCAUGUUGUUAGAGAACCAGCAAGCAGCCCAUCCUGUAAUCAGAUGGUUUAUUUUACUGUUCAGAUAAAAAAAGUUCAAAGCAACAACUCAGAGCUCAGGACAUUUGGGAUAUUGUUAACCAAUAGUAGUUUAAAACCACAAAGUCUCGAUUUGAUAUUUAAAUUUUACACCUGUAAAAUGUAACAACAUGGAAAUCAGACAGCCUCAGAUUUGCUUUUGAUGGAGCUGGGCUUGUAGUUUCCCUUUGCUUCCAGUCUUUGUGCUAAGCUAUGAAAAACAUGUGCAGGACCUGUGUCCUUACUGGAGCGUCUCCAAAGUGUUGGACUGUUAACUUAGAUCUUAGAUUUUAGUUAUUUCAUUAAAUGAACAAAGUUAAUUCUGUUUUUUUUUGGUUAAUGACCAACGUAUUUGACACAAAAGUUUUUGAAAAGUAUAAAACACUGAAACAAUCACAAAGAAAUGAGAAAUGUUUUUUCACAAUAACAGACACUGAAAUGUUGAAAUAAUUUCAUGGUGGAUACUGAAGAUGAGACUUUAUUUCUAUUGGUCCCAUUUCCUGACUUUAUGAAAUAAGACCUACUGUUCUUACUCUGAGGUAAUAAUAAUUAUGAUACUAAUGUCUUUUCUUACUAUUGUAAAUUAUACAGCGAUAAAAAAACAUUUAGUAGUCUGUCUUUUCCAAUAA